UCGGGCUAAUGGACUAAGUGUUCUAAAGAAGGGGAGAAGAGUUUGAAAACAAAAGAUUGCACAUCUUUCAAGAUAAAAGCCAAGACUGUGAACACAGGAGCCAAGAAAGGAGAAAAAAAGAUCCAUAAAUGAGAAAUCAGGAAGGCAAAGCCCACAAAGAUUACCAAGCCUCAGACAGAAACUAAAAUAGAAGAAAAGAUGAAUUUGAGAACAAGUAAUUUAACAUCCAGCAAGGUCAAUGCUAAAUGUGGGCACUAAGAGCCAAGGUUGGUUGGCAGUCAUUAAAUUUGGAGACUUCUGAUAAGUAUAGAGGACUAGAGACUAAACAUUUGGAGACCAAGCAAUCUCUUAAGAUUUAAGUCUUUGAUGACUUUACUGAAGUAGGAAACCUAAGUUGGUACCCUGUUAUGUAUAUCCACAUCCUACUAUUCCUGGGCACCACUGGCACCCUCCUUCUGGGCUCUCCAAUCACAGCAAAGCGAUGCUAUUACUGUAAAGUGACUGAUGCAUCCAGAUCCAUGAACAUCAUGAUGACCUGUGAGGAAGUAGACAACUGCUACAUCAGCCAGGAGGCAGCCGUCAAUCUUGCAAAGGUCACCAACAAGGAAUGCCUGCAGUUAAGUUACCAUGGGCAGCAGCAACACGAAGACUACCUGCGUGUAACCUACAAGCUCAGCAAGGACUUGUGCUCUGCAAUACCAAUAGAGAAGCCACAUAAUGCAGCCUCCAUCACAGUGGCCUCAGGGCAGGCCCUGAUAGUGCUACUGGGGUUUCUGCUGUGAGCCCAGAGGUGCAUAUGGGUCUCAGCCCAGGCCCCAACCCCACAUCCUAUACUCCACUCCUACCCCAAAUCCAUUUUGCAUGUAAUUCGAAUUAA